CCAGUGCAAGUGCGUCAGCCGAUCAAAUAGAAUGUGUGUGUACAUAAUCUGCCAAACGUGUAUCUAUGAUCGCUGAAGUUCGUAUGCUCGUCUAUUACUACGUAUCCCGCUUUUACGUUCUGUCAGUUUCAACAAUAUUAAUAUCAUAUACGAAAUAACAACGAAUCAAAUAAGUUCCCCAUAAGUGAUCAUUAACGAACGAGAGUCAUGGGGGACGCAGCGAUGAACGUCGCAGUGUCCGGUGGCGGUAGUCAGCGUGUCGUCAAAGAAGGCUGGCUUCAGAAACGCGGAGAACAUAUAAAAAACUGGAGAUCAAGAUACUUUGUCCUAAGAGAUGAUGGCACUUUGGUUGGUUUUAAGGCUAAACCAGACCAACAAGUGGCAGCUACUGCUCAACCAUUAAAUAAUUUCACAGUACGUGGUUGUCAAAUAAUGUCUGUGGACAGACCUAAACCAUAUACGUUUGUGAUCAGAGGUUUGCAAUGGACAACCGUUAUUGAAAGGACUUUUCAUGUUGAAACAGAACAGGAAAGAGAAGAUUGGGUAGCAGCAAUUAGAUAUGUAGCUGAUAGAUUAGAAAGUGAAGAGCAACAACAACAGCAACCACAAAUGCAACAAUCAUCUUCAUCAGAAGAUAUUGAUAUGGAAUCUAUGGGAGGUGGGAGGUCAGAUUCCUGUGGCUCUCUUAGUGUAGUUUCUGCAGAUAUUGAUGGUGGCAGUAUCGAUGAAUUAUCUGCCAAAUUUAGUGUACAAGGAACUUCAAGUAGUAAAAGCACCGGCAAAAAGAAAGUAACACUUGAAAAUUUCGAAUUCUUGAAAGUUCUAGGAAAAGGUACAUUUGGAAAAGUUAUUUUAUGUAGAGAAAAGGCAACGGGACAUUUAUAUGCCAUUAAAAUCUUAAAAAAGGAAGUUAUUAUACGCAAGGAUGAAGUUGCACAUACGCUUACAGAAAACAGAGUUUUACGUACUACAAGUCAUCCUUUUUUAAUUUCUUUAAAAUAUAGUUUCCAAACCGCGGACAGACUAUGUUUUGUAAUGGAAUACGUAAACGGUGGAGAAUUAUUUUUUCAUUUGAGUCGAUCUCGUAUAUUUACCGAAGAUCGUACUAGAUUUUAUGGAGCUGAAAUCAUUUCGGCAAUGAGUUAUCUUCAUUCGCAGGGUAUUAUUUAUCGUGAUUUGAAAUUAGAAAAUCUUCUUUUGGAUAAAGACGGACAUAUAAAAAUAGCUGAUUUUGGUUUAUGUAAAGAAGAUAUUACAUAUGGAAUAACAACCAAAACAUUUUGUGGUACACCCGAAUAUUUAGCACCUGAAGUACUAGAGGAUAAUGAUUAUGGACGAGCAGUAGAUUGGUGGGGUGUGGGCGUUGUUAUGUAUGAAAUGAUGUGUGGCAGAUUACCUUUUUAUAAUAGAGAUCAUGAAAAGCUUUUCACGCUUAUUCUAUUAGAAGAAGUUAAAUUUCCCAGAACUAUUAGUAACGAGGCAAAAGACAUGUUAGGUGGACUUUUAAUUAAAGAUCCUAGCAAAAGAUUAGGUGGUGGACCUAAUGAUGCAAAAGAUAUCAUGAGUCAUGCAUUUUUCUCGUCAAUAGACUGGUCAGAUCUUGCACAAAAAAAAAUACCACCUCCUUUUAAACCACAAGUUACAUCGGAUACAGACACAAGGUAUUUUGAUAGUGAAUUUACUGGCGAAAGCGUUGAACUUACACCUCCUGACCAAGGUUGUUUAGGAAGUGGAGGUGGUUUAAAUUCAAUUGCAGAAGAACAAGAACAUUUUCCUCAAUUUUCUUAUCAAGAAAGCCAUUCUGCUGCAACUUCUUCCAUUGUUUCUAUUAAUCACUGACAGUACCAAAAGGUUUUUGGAUUCUUAUAUUGAAGUGUGUGAUUAAGUGCAUGGAAAGUCAGAUAGAUGUAAAUUUAAGAACUGUCCGAAGCUUAAAUAUUCUUGAAACAUAGAUCAGUCAGAUUUCUGUCGAUUUUUGAUGCUUUUUUGUGCAUCUACUAUAUUUUGACACAUAUCUCCAAUGGUAGAUAAUACAUCCAUGCAUGCACACAUGUAUACAUAUAAACAUUCAUUAAAUUGUACAUGGUAAAUGCAUGUACUGUAAGUACAGAAUUGAGUAUUACUCUUUAUACCUGUGCAUAAAACCGAACACUAUAUAACGAGGAUUUAUCUAUAUUUUAAAACAGUGUAGUUAUUUUAAAUAUGAUCUUCUAACCAUCUAUAACAUGAACAAUGACUCUUCUAUUAUUGAAGAUAGUGAUUAUUAUAGUAAUUCUAAUUUUGUUUAAUGAAGUGUAGUACUCUACACUCUGCAGCUUUAUUUUGUCCUUUUAUUAGAAUAAUAUAUAUUAUUUUAUAAAUAUAUAUAAGGACGAUUCCCCUGUUCUUCUUGUUUCACAAUUUGUCGAUAUAUUGUUGCGUGAAAGAAAAAAAAAAUGUUAAGUUUAGCCAAGUUAGAAGCUGUACUAUCGAAUGGUUUUGCCAUUUUUUAAAUGGAAGUAUAGGAAAAUGACAGCUUUAAUUGUAUUAUUGUAUAAAUUUAAAAUUUUAUUAGAAUUCUUUGUUGUAAUAUUUAAGAAUAUCAUCAUUAAAAAAUUAUUUGUUUGUUUCAUGUAAAGCCGCCGCCUCACAUUUAUGUGUCAUGAAUUAAAUCGGUAAAUGUAAAAAAAAAAAAAAA